ACUAAUACUGAAUCUGGAAAAGGUUGGCAAAAGGACCAAGAAAAGUAACGGAUUUUGGGCAGAAAGGCACUAAGUUUCUUGUCUAAAGGUGAAGAUGCCUUCAGCAGAAGAAUCACACGGCCCCGGCGUCGUCGUCCACGUCUGCAGGAUCCCUGCAGAGCUGCUGGCCCAAGUCUGUCAGCACAUCCUGGCGUUUCUUCAGGGCCACACGAGCGGCGUGGAUUCUGCUGAAGCUGCUCGAAGUUUUCAGAGGGCGGGAGUCCGACUAGACGACGGAGUUCUGCAGGACGUGACCCGAUUUCUUCUGCUAACAUUCAGGUCUGCUGGGAAGAGAAACAUCUCUGCAGACGAGCUGGUGUCGGAGCUGGACGGAGGCGGGUCCAAGUGGUCCAAAGCGGCGCUGCAGGUUCUGCACGGCUCGUGGAGCGAACACAGAGCCGCGGUGCACGCCCAGCAGGAGGCCCGGGCCAUGCUGAGCAUCGGACAGGUGCUGGACCUGCAGUGGAAGUUGGGCAUGGCCGUCAGCUCCGACAGCUGCCGCUCCCUCAACUCCCCGUACGUGACGCUGCUGCUCAAGAUCCUGAAACCGUCCGGAGAGACGAGUCAGAGAUCCUUCGAGAUGACCAUCCCUCAGUUCCAGAAUUUCCACCAGCAGUUCAGGGAGAUGGCAGCUCUCCUGGAGACGGUGUGACGGCUGCAGAGCUGCUGAAGCUUCCCGGUCAGAACCGUUCACGUGAGACGAUCAAAGGACCAGCAGGAAACGCUUGUCUUCGUCAGCCCAGAAAUAUUGAUGAGACUUCUCCAAACGUCAGCUCUCAGCUCGGAUCUCUCUUCUACUUUCACCUGUCGGACUUCAAACAUAUGAAGAGACCUGAAAGAAGACGGAUUUAAUUAUUUAAAUGUGCUUUUUUCUGGUUAACUCAUCCAAGUGAUGUCUGGUUAUGUCAAGUUUACUUAAACUAACUGUAAAAUUAUGAUAGAAACGCUUCACUGUGACACAUUAGUUACAGAAGAUCUGCUUUGAUGUU